CCUCCAAAUUCCAAAGCCUUGACAUUUUUCAGAUUGUCCUCAAAUCAAUGGCUCAGUCUCUUCUCCCAGCAGUUCGCACCAUUAUCACCCAUUUCUUCACGCAGAAAAACUUGCCACCCCUUAUAUCACCCAAACUCUCGAUCUCCACCACCACUGGUAAAACCCUUUUUUUCCUCUCCCCUCUAAAAACCGACAAACCAAAAACCCUUGCAAAACCGCAUGCUAUUCUCAAUCAAAGUUCAAAAUCAAAGCACACUUUGUUUCUCAAGAACAGAGACCAGCGCUUGCUCGGCCCAAAUUCUGCUUUUCCGAAUGAGAAUUCAUCUACCACAAUUGCUGCCAUCGUCACCUCCAUAGGUGGCCCGCCUGCCGCCGUGGGGAUUGUGCGAUUGUCCGGUCCUUCGGCGGUGGAUAUUGCUUCACGUGUGUUUAGACCAAUGAAGAAAAGGAAGAAGAAUCAAAAGAAGAGUGGAGGAUUCUGCGCGUGGCAGCCUACCAGUCAUGUUGUGGAUUAUGGCGUGGUUUUCGAUCAUGAAGGAAAUAUAAUUGAUGAGGUUUUAGCUCUACCAAUGUUGGCUCCUAGAUCUUUCACUUGUGAAGACGUGAUUGAGCUUCAGUGUCAUGGGAGUGAAGUAUGUCUUACUCGUGUGCUGAGAGCUUGUAUUGAAGCUGGAGCUAGGCUUGCAGAGCCAGGUGAGUUCACUCUCCGUGCGUUUCUGAAUGGCCGUUUGGACCUGUCCCAAGCUGAAAGCGUUGGAAAAUUAGUUUCGGCAAAGUCUGUGGCAGCUGCAGAUGCAGCACUGGCUGGACUGCAGGCUUGCUUUGCUUCUUUGGUCAAAUCACUAAGAAGACAGUGUAUUGAGUUGCUGACUGAGAUUGAAGCUCGUUUAGACUUUGAUGAUGAGAUGCCACCACUAGAUUUGAACCUAAUUAUGGACAGAAUACAUGUCAUGUCACAAGAUGUGGAGAAUGCACUGGAGACAGCUAAUUAUGACAAACUUCUGCAAUCUGGGUUACAGAUAGCUAUUGUUGGACGUCCGAAUGUCGGAAAGUCUAGCCUUCUUAAUGCAUGGAGCAAAAGUGAGAGGGCAAUAGUUACAGAAAUUGCUGGAACCACCCGAGAUGUUGUUGAAGCUAGUGUUACAGUUUGUGGUAUUCCAGUGACCCUUCUUGAUACAGCGGGCAUCAGGGUGACUGACGACAUUGUUGAGAAGAUUGGUGUAGAGAGAUCUGAAGCAGUUGCUAUGGGUGCUGAUGUCAUUAUCAUGACAGUAAGUGCUUUUGAUGGAUGGACUCCAGAAGAUACUGAACUUCUGAGUAGGAUUGAAUCUAAUAAGAAAUCAGUUGAAGCUUCAGCACCAAUGGUCCUUGCAAUUAACAAAAUAGAUACUACUUCAUCUUUGCACAUGGAAUGGGUCGAUAAAUGCAGGAAUUCUUUUAGUAAACUUGUUUUUACUUCUGCUGUUACUGGUCAAGGAAUCCGAGAUCUAGAGAUGGCAAUUUCCGAGAUUAUGGGUCUGAACAGAAUACCUGCAGGGGGGCGGAAAUGGACAGUUAACCAGAGACAAUGCGAGCAGCUCGUGCGGACCAAGGAGGCACUCGCAAGGUUGAAAUCAUCAAUAGAGGAUGAAAUGCCUCCGGACUUUUGGACAAUUGAUUUACGGGAUGCGGCUUUAGCCCUUGGGCAGAUAACUGGAGAAGACAUAUCUGAAGAGGUCUUGUCCAACAUUUUCGGCAAAUUCUGUAUCGGUAAAUAGAUGAUAUCAUUGCACGUAUGCACUGGUAACACAAUGAUUUGUCUACUGUAAUUUUCGGACAUUUUUCAUAUGAGACUUGUGUAAAAUAUGUCUUUAAUUCAUUUCUGAAAUCAAACAAUGGCUGGCACCUGAGUUGCAAUUUGCCAA